AUGAGAUCCAAGGCGAGGGCGAGAAAACUGGCCAAAAAUGACAGUGAGCCAGCGGACAGCAUGUACGACACAGAGGCCGACCUCCCGGGUCUAGCAGCUGGCAGCGGAGGUGGUGCCGACAGCCCAGAAGACGAUGCCGAAGACGGCCUCAUCAACAUGUCCCCUUUACCCUCACCGACCCCUACCCAUCCCAACAACAACCACCACCACCUGCUGCACCCACACCUCUACACGUCCCACCAUCUCCACAACAACAGCAGCAGCAGCAACGACCAGGACUUCACCACACCCAAGGAGGGCUCGCCCUACGAAGCGCCCGUCUACAUUCCCGACGACAUUCCCAUUCCCGGUGAGCUGGAGCUGAGGGAGUCCUCCGUGCCCGGCGCCGGCCUGGGCGUUUGGGCGAAGACCCGCAUCUGCGCCGGCGAAAGGUUCGGUCUGCACACCAUGAAGCAUCACGGGGCCACAGGCAAAGACGGCUCCUUCGGAUGGGAGAUGAUGAAUGACCAUGAUGAAGACUCCCCUGACAACUGCAUUAAAAAGGUGGUCGAUGACAUGGGUAACGUCAAGUUUGCACUGGACACAGGGCCGGACGCCACCGGCAACAGCUGGCUCAAAUACGUCCGCUCGGCCCUGUCGUUUGAGGAGCAGAACCUCGCCGCCUGCCAUCUCACAGGAGACCAGAUUUAUUAUAAAGCUGUCCGGGACAUUGAAGCAGGGGAGGAGCUUUUAGUGUAUAUGAAGGACGGUAUUUUCCCUGAGGGCUCCAUGGCUCCCAACCUCCAAGACGAACAAAUGUAUCGUUGUGAAGAUUGCGAUGAGCUCUUCUCCUCGACGCUUGAGCUCCGGCGGCACCAGAAGUACUCGUGCUCCAGUGCGGGCUCCAUCUUUGACGCACUGAGAGAGGACUUCAAACAGGAACGUGAGGACAGCGACGAGCCUGUCCACGAGUGCAAAGACUGUGAGAAGAUCUUCCCAAAUGAGUACAGUCUGGGGCAGCACAUGAUAGUUCAUACAGAGGAGAGGGAAUACAAGUGUGACCAGUGUCCUAAAGCCUUCAAUUGGAAGUCCAACCUCAUCCGUCACCAGAUGUCACAUGACAGUGGCAAGCGCUUUGAGUGUGAAAACUGUGAUAAGGUACAGCACACCCGGCACGUUUUCACAGAUCCCAGCAAUCUACAGCGCCACAUUCGCUCCCAGCAUGUGGGGGCACGGGCUCAUACAUGUCCUGAAUGUGGCAAGACCUUCGCCACCUCGUCUGGCCUCAAGCAGCAUAAGCACAUCCAUAGCAGUGUGAAACCCUUUAUCUGCGAGGUGUGCCACAAAUCCUACACCCAAUUCUCCAACCUCUGCCGUCACAAGCGUAUGCAUGCUGACUGCCGUACCCAGAUCAAGUGUAAGGACUGCGGGCAGUUGUUCAGCACUACCUCUUCCCUCAACAAGCACCGUCGCUUUUGUGAGGGCAAAAACCAUUAUGGCUCUCCAGCAGGGAUGUUCAACCCUGGCAUUCCCAUGAGCUCCAGCCCCAUCAUGGCAAAAACAAAGUCCCACCAUCCCCAUCUUCCAGGUCUAAACCAGUCAGGUUUAGGCUUCACUGACUACUUUCCCUCAAGACCUCACCCUCAUGCUGGCUUGCCCUUCUCCCCAGGACCUCAUGGUUUCCCGUCCCUACCCCAUGGGUUUCCUGGUAUUUUUCCUCCAUCACUGUAUCCACGACCACCUUUAUUACCUGCCAGUCCAUUGAUAAAGAGUCCGCUAGGCACCAGCAGUCAGGAAGUCAAGCUUCCCCGGAGUCCCUUAGAUGCCCUCCCAAUGUCACUUGUUAGCUCCACAAACGGCAAUGGAGUUAACAGCUUGAGUCAACUGGAAGACAAAGAAAAAGACAGCAAACUCGAUUUGUCUUCUAGUGGUGAAGCCAAGCCUAAAUCUAAAAUGCCAGACAUGUCUGAUGGUAGUGACCUGGAGGAUAUUAAUACCACAAGUGGGACGGAUUUGGACACCACCACUGGUACUGCUUCAGGUGAUGGUUCUGACCUCGAGAGCGAAGGAGAAAGUGAACGUGAGCGAAGUGGUAAGAGGAGGAAGCCCUCUGGCACUGUAUCGAGUCAAGAAGCAAACCAGUUAGAAGACACAAACAGCGCAUUGAUAUCAGCGGUGUCUAGUUCAGGGAACCUCUCUAUUGACCGACCUUUUCUUACUUCAGCAUCAUCCCAACACUCCUUCUUCCCUCCACCUGAUGAGCAAGCACUCCCACCCACCACCACAAAUGCCAAUGCAGCCACCACAGAUUCCAUCAAAGCCAUUGCUUCUAUUGCCGAGAAAUAUUUUGGUCCAGGUUUGAUUGGACUCCAUCAGGAGAAGAAGAUGGGUCCAUUGCCCUACCAUUCCAUGUUUCCCUUCCAAUUUUUGCCCAACUUCCACAACUCCCUAUAUCCCUUUAGCGCUGACAGAGGUGCUCUGAAUCCUAGCAUGCUUUUCAAGGCUGAGCCAAAAUCCCCUCGUGAACAGCUGCACAAGAUGGUUUCAAGUUCCCCUGCAGUUCCUGCUCCCACUGCAGAGUCCCCGUUUGAUCUUACCACAAAACCCAAGGAGACGAAGUUAAUUCCUACGACCCCAACAAACCCCUCAAACCCCAACAGCAGUAUUGGAAGCAGUAGUGGGCCCGUCGUAAUAUCCAGCAGCGAAGAACAGCCGCUGGACCUCAGCAUUGGCAGCAGGAGUCGUGGUGGUCACAAUGGCGUUUCAGCUGAGCCACAAAAUCGAAAGAACCACAUCUAUGGGGCUGGAAAGUUGGUGUCCAUUAAGGAUGAGACUCCGUCUGGUUUUCCUCAGCCCCUCUCCCAUUCGUUGCACCAGGCCAUCACCCAGCACCAGCAGUCUCAGGCACAGCCACAUCAGCCUCCACCACUGCACUACGCCAAGCCCUCCGCAUUUUUCAUGGAUCCCAUCUACAGCAGGGUGGAGAAGAGGAAGUUACUGGACCCAGUUGGGGCUCUGAAGGACAAGUUCCCAAGACCAUCCCCACCACUCUUUCAUCCACAGAUGUCAGCAAUGGAGAAUAUGACAGAGAAGCUUGAGAGCUUUGGCGCUCUAAAACUGGAUGCAUUGCCCAAUUCACUGCAACACUCGGCCCAUCCACUGUUUAACUUCCGCUCUCCCCCACCUUCCCUAUCAGAUGCCAUUCUUCGCAAAGGCAAGGAACGCUAUGCCUGCAGGUACUGUGGGAAAAUAUUUCCCCGUUCAGCAAACCUCACCAGACAUUUGCGAACGCACACAGGGGAGCAACCCUACAGGUGUAAAUACUGUGACCGUUCGUUCAGCAUCUCAUCCAAUCUCCAACGCCACGUCCGCAACAUUCAUAAUAAGGAGAAACCCUUCAAGUGUCACCUGUGCAACCGCUGCUUCGGUCAGCAAACCAACCUUGAUCGCCAUCUCAAGAAGCACGAGCACGAGAACAUUCCUGUGAGCCAACAGUCCGGGAUGCUUUCCAACUUAGGAACGACCAUCUCUUCUCCGAACUCAGAGCCAGACAAUCACGCACUUUUAGAUGAGAAGGAGGACUCAUACUUCUCAGAAAUCCGCAACUUCAUUUCCAACAGUGAAAUGAACCAGGCCUCCAGCUCCACGGAUAAGAGGUCAGACAGGCCUGAGGAGGAGCACCCACCAAGCCACAGUCUGUCGAACUCUAAGCUAGGACUUCAGGGGCUCGAGGAGGAAGAGGAUGAAGUGGAGGGUGAUGACGAAGAGGAGGAAGAAGGCAGUCUGACGGAGAAAUCGCACGACGAGGCGCCAGAGUCCCCUUCUCCCGUCACAACAGGAGCAUACGAGGAAGACGAGGAGGAGGAGGACGCAGAGACGGCCCCGUUAGCAAUGAGCUAUGAGCACACUCGCAGGUGCAUAGAGGAGGAGGGCUCUCUCCUGGACCUGGAGGGUCUGCCAAGUUUUCCCAAGAGCCUGGAUGGUUUACGUAAAGCAGCCAAUGAUGAGCAGCCCUUUGAUGUUAAAGACAUAUUUAGCACUUCACUAGAGACUGAGGCACUGAAAGAGACAUUGUACAGGCAGGCUAAAACCCAGGCUUAUGCAAUGAUGCUGUCUCUCUCGGAGAACAACCCUUUGCACGCACCCUCCCAGAACUCUCUGGACGCUUGGCUGAGCUUGGGGGGUGGACCGUCUGAGACGAGCAGCUUUCACCCACUCAACCACAUCUAGGCAGAGACACUAAGAGAGAAGGUGGUAGAAGGAAAUAGGAAGAACAUUCAUUUCACAAAUGGAUAGAGACUCAGGACUGAGUGGACAUGAGUGGUGGGGAAGAGACACGGAGGCCAGACAAGAAGACAUUGUCACACACAUUCAAGACGGAGAGAAUGAUUUGAGUGGCUGUACGUGCGUUCACAUUUCCGCGUGUGUGUGUGACUGAAACAGAAGAAGGAAAGACUGUCACUAAACGAGGGGUCCUGCAAGACUCUGUCCAAGAGAAAGCACUGCUAAGCUCCUGUUGAUGUGAAGGACACCGCGAAUGCUCCUCAGUAGCAUUGUAACUGCAUUUCUCUGAUCCUCCCCAAGUGCACCAGGCUCACAGCAGCAUCACUGACGGCCCACACGGGGCCCUCAUGAAGACGCUUAAUGAAUGAUAUGUCCCUAUGGCGUGUUCCCCGCUUUCUACAAUCACCGUAGAACCACUGGCAGUGCUUGUCCACAAGGUGGUGCUGUCUGAGCGGAACACAUCUGCACACCUCCACCAACUGGGUGUGACUAAUUCUUUUUUUCAAUGUUUCAGAAUCAGCCAUAGCUCCACUCUAAAUUUUCAGAUCCGAUAGACUGUUGAUUUUGCAGUGAUUACAAGCAGAAAGAUGUCCAAUGUGCUUUUAAUGAGAUAUCAGGGCCACAAGCCAUUGUAAUUGGUUGCUAAAUUUGUACCAUGCUGAAAAUGAACUUAAUGCCUAAAAGAAGAGAGAGGUCUUUCUUGGUUUAUCACAUCAUUGCUUGUUAAUUGUAUUUACCUUCUUUCCUAUUAGACACCACAGUAUUGUUUCUUUGUAGGCACCACAGUGCUAAAUUGUUAAUAUAAUUAUUUUAGAGAAGGACCAAAAUUGUAUGAUACUGUCAUAUGAUGUAAAAAAAAAAAAAGUAACCUAGAUGUUCAUAGUAAGAGUGGUAUGUGCCAAAUAACUCAUAGAAAAUGUUUUGUUCUCUGACAAUCAUUUCAUUUCCGAGGGGCUCGCCUUAGCUGUCAUAGUUGUUUUUUUUUCUUCUUUCUCUUAUUACGCGCUUAUAUAUUUGAUUUCAAAGGUGUGUUUAUGUAUUUAUUUUUUAUUGUUUUGUGACUGGACUAGUGAAAAUGAAGAAAAGUCCUUUUAUCCCUCUUCUCUUGAAGGAAUGACCACCAUAAGAACCCGUUGGAGAUUCUGAAUCUCUGGUUUUGGUGGUCUAGUGUGCCAAAAUGGAAAGACCCCUUGUUGUUAUUUAUAGUGAAAAAAUAGCUGUAGUUAGUUUUAGAAUCCUGUUAGAUAUUGGCGCAUCGUGCGGAGUUUAGUCCUUCUUUCUUUUUGUGUGUGCGUGUUCCACUUCACAAAUUGAACAUUUAUGUUGAAUGCUUUUUCUUUAAAUUGAUUCAACUAUAUGGCAUCAGACUUAGACAAAUUUCACUAUCAAUGUCAGUAAAAGGGCAUUACAUCGUUCAUUUCAGUUAUGAAUUUGAGUUUCUGUCAUGUUAAACUCUCUCUCUCAAAGUGAUUUUCCUCUUUUUAUCGUACAUGGUCCAGAAGUCUAAAGCAUACAGUCAAAACUGCACCAACAUGACAAACUCACUGGUUACAGAAAAAACAAAGACAAGC